CUCGGGGUGCGUGAAGAACGUAAAGAUGACGGUGACGUACGCCUUACGUCAACUUCUACCGACAAAAGAGGCUAGAGGAGGUUACCGUUUAACAAACUCUGGGUCAGUCUGGUAAAUCUGAGUCAACUUACUCCGAGUGGGGGAACCCGGGUAACCGGUACCAGAACAGCAAUGAGUUCUGUGGACUCGGGGUUUGUUCACCCGGAAGUGAGCGCUUGCACCAGCGUCCAGGAGGACGCCUUCAGGGAGGACGCUUUCAGGGAGCACGGCAACGCCUGCAAAAAGAGAGCGAGCUACUUCACGGCGCUGGAGCGGCGGGUCCUCCUGCAGGCUUACGAGGAGCACGGCGAUAUAUUUCGUGAGAAGAGCAACAAGGCCGCAGCGUCCAAAGCGAGGGAGGCUGCUUGGAAGAAAAUCGCUGCCCGAGUGAACGAGUGUAACUCCGGAGAAAAAAGGACUUGGAAGCAGCUGAAAAUGAAGUAUAAAAAUAUCAUGAAAGCCAACAGAAAACAGACAGGGACCCACAAAAUCAACGGGGAGCUCCUAAUCCCGCCCCUGACUGAGGCGGAGGGGCUGGCCAUCAGCCAAUGGUCCCCCGGGCCGGUUUCUGAAGGCCUCUCCGGAGACGCCUCACCUGAGCCGGGCACAGAUGCUGCUGUUCACAAGGUUGAGCCUCCAGCCGCUGCGACAGGGAAAAAGCCCGGCAUUAAGGAAGAGGCCCCCAGGAAGGAUGCAAAGAUUCAUACUGAUAGAAUGGCAGGCCACCGCCUGGAUUGGGUCCCUUCAGCCUCCACAGCGCAUCUUGACACAUUACCCGUAAAUGAGCUGUACCGGCACCAUCUCCUCAAGACUAUUGAGAAAACGGACAAAGAGAUCACGUACCUGGACCGCCAAAUCAAGAAAGCGGACCUGGAAAUUCUCCUGCUGGAGCGCCAGUUGAGGGAAUAAAGACAAGGAAAUGUGGUAAGACACUCUGGGAGAUCUGGGACGUCCACAGGGAGGCUCUCUAUCGUCAUAGAGAACUCGUGCCACAGUACGGUCACAUGAUAUGUUGGUAAUUAGCCUGAUCUUAACCGUGCAACUGGAACAAGGAUCCGAGGAGCUGGUCAUCUGAACCCGAGCUGUAGUCCUGCAGUGUUGAAGUCCGAGCUCCUGUCCAGGACAGAGGACUGUCCUCUGGUCCCCAGCUGUCGGUCGGGGAGUCCUCCUGUGACUUUAGUGAAUUCAAUAAAAAGCGUGGAGUAGUAGGAGCAGCUUAGGCUAUACAGGACUGUCUCAGAAAAUUAGAAUAUUGUGAUAAAGUUCUUUAUUUUCUGUAAUGCAAUUAAAAAACAUG